AAACUUUAAAGAGAGAUGCACAAGUAGAGGUACUCUUAGAGCAAGGAAGAGAGAAUGGGUAAGAACAAUACCAAAAUCCUUAUGCAAUUUGCAGCUUUUGCAAUGGUCUUAACCGUUGCAACAAUGGUGCAAGAGGCCACAAGCAUGUCUAUUUGUAACAUGGACACAAACGAACUGCAGAAAUGUCGUCCAGCCGUCACUGGAAACAAUCCGCCGCCUCCUGUCAACGAGUGCUGCGUUGUGGUUCGAGCUGCUAAUCUAGAAUGCUUCUGCAGACUCAAGUUUUAUCUCCCGAUUUUGGGAAUUGACCCGUCUAAAGUCGCGGCUCUUGUUGCCAAAUGUGGCGUGACAGCAGUCCCUCGUUCUUGCCAAGCUUGAAGAACUGAGCUGAGAAAGGUCUUUAUGGUGCUACAGCUACAGACUUCGCUGGAUCUUGUCUCUUUCAUCUGAAUUUAAAUAUACAAAUGGCUCCUUUUUAUAUAGUUCAAGUGAUUAUACAAUGUAUUUUUAGUGUUCUGUUUCAAAUAAAUCACAAACUGUUAGUGAUUUUAGAUUCCCCUUGUGUAUGUAGAAGAACCGUGUUCUAUACGUUAAUGAAAAGUGUAAAGUAUUCUCAGAGUAUCCAAAACCUAAAUUCUAUUCU